ACUGAACAUCAAUAUUACUGCAAAGAAUUAGAUCUUUUUCUUGCUGUAAGAAGACAGAUGGAUAAACAAAUAUUUAGAUUUGAAUAUAACAACUAAAUGAAAAUAAUGGCAUUUAGAAAAAUUUUAAAAGUACAGGAUACAAUUAGAAGUACAGGAUAAAAUUAGAUGUACAGGAUAAAAUUAGAAGGAUUAAGAAGAAAGAAAGAAAACAGGGUUACUUGUGUUACAGCUGUCAUUUACGGGGUUUACAGAAUAGAGAGUAAUGGACAAAAAGUACAGAUUAUUGGGAAAAAAAUAGUAAAGAAAAGAGAAAAAUAAAGAUUAGAGAAUAAUGGAGCGUUAAAUUAUGAAGAAAAGAGAACAAUAGGGAAAUAAAUAAAGAAUAGAGGAUGGUCUAAAAUUUAAAGAAUGAAGAAAUGAAGGAACCCCCAUCAAGACCCUCGUGUACUUUAAUUUGAUUUUUAUCAAGUUCACAAACAUCUGUCACAUUUGUUAACAAGUUGCUUUUGUGUAAUUUUAGUGAAAUUCAUCAUUAAUUCUAUUUGCUUUAUGUUAACAAGAAGUGAUUUUCUACAGGACUACGAUGAUGGCAAGAGACAUUGUACUGUCAGUCUUUGGCAUCUGUGUUAUAAUAGCCAUUGCUCACGCAAACGGAAAUUCACAGAAUAUUGAAGGCAAAACAGAAAUUAUACACGAAUGGGUGACACUUGAUUAUGACCUUCCUCCACCAAUGAAAAGAUCGCUUAUAGACCGGAAGUUGCUUAUUCCUGAAAAUCUUGCACUUACUGAAAUGGAUGUGAUAAGAGGACGUAUCUUUACAACUAUAGGUAGGUCAUCUAAGCCCGGAAUUCCAGCAAGUCUGAACACAGUUAUCAAAAGAAAUGGAAAAUCCUUUUUAAAACCAUUUCCUAGCCUAAGACUGAAUAGAGCUGGAGAUUGCAAUAGCAUUCAAAGUGCAUCAGGCAUUAAGAUAGAUCCAAAUACGAAUUAUCUAUGGGUACUGGACGAAGGCCAAGUGAAUAACAUAAGAUUUUGUCGUAGAAAACUUGUAAUAUUUUGCAUAAGAACGAGAAAAGAAGUGUUUCGGCAUAUAUUUCCAGACUCGGUUUUAUCUGAAUCUUCCAUGCUGUUUGAUCUGACUUUGGAUAGAGAUCAAGAUUUCACUAGGUAUGCCUAUGUUGUCGAUUCUAUUGCAAGUAAGCUUAUUGUUGUUGAUGUGGUUACAAAUACAUCUUGGUUGUUUUCACAUCCGUCAAUGGAAGGCGACGCUAGUGCAGGAAAUAUAACUGUAAAUGGAGAAACGAUCUUUAGUAGGGGAGGAAUAAAUGGUAUCUCAACAACGUCAGAUUUCAAAUUUGUUUAUUAUUUCUCCAUUGCUAGUUUCAAAACAUGGCAAAUACCUACAAGUAUACUGAGAAACCCUUCCGCUGACAGUAUCACAUUUGAUGAAAAUGUUAGAAUGAUAGGUAUUCGUCAACACCAUGCAGUAAGUCUGACUUCCGGAACAAGAAGCUUCUUUUUUCCUGCUUUAGAAAUCAAUGAUAUAUUAAAAUGGGAUCGCAAACAAGACAUACAAAUAGACGGCAGCGAAGAAGAAGUUAACCUGCGGUCAUUACAAAUGCUGUCACCAACCACUGCCUUAAAUUUCGCAGAUGGAAUGCACAUAGACAAUGGAUUUUUAUAUUUUGUUACAAAUAAAUUCCACAAAGUCCGCUUAGGAACACUGGAUUUUUCUGGCGACGAUGGGCCAAAUUUUACCAUAGGAAAAAUAUUUGUUGGAGAAGAAAGCUACUUGCUAGGUACACAUCCCAAAUCAUGCCAGUAA